UCAUGUGUCAUACAUUAUGCUUAUUGCUUAAAUAAUCUUGCGUGAUCAUGAAUGCAUUGUUAAACAGAAAUAAGCAAAUGAUUACAGGUCAUACAUCUUGACUUGGAAAGUUCUAUUCUACAGAUCUCUGAUGUCCAACACUCCAAGUUCAAAGCCAUAUAUCACAGCACAAAUUCUUCAGGGUCUCAACUGUACAUCCAUUUCAUUUGCCUUGCAGUUGUAGAAACCUCCACCCAGGCUCAAGUGCUAUUUGGAACCCAAGGAUGGAGUUUGCCCUGUCUGCGAUCACAGGCGAUCUCUGCAGCCGAUUCAUCACCUAUCUAGUCAACAAGUGCACAGACAGAUGGUCUUCUGAGGAGAAGCUGCAGAGGCUGCGGCUUCUUCUUGUAAGGCUUCACAUUGUCGUUGAGGAGGCCGAGGGGCGAUACAUCACCAACGCCCAGAUGCUAUUGCAGCUCAGGACCAUCACCCAAGCAAUGUACCGAGGCUACUCUGCGCUGGAAGAGUUCCGGUCUUCGCAGCAAAUCCAGGCUCAGCGGCAGGUGAACCGUGCGCAUCUUGGGAUGCAGCGGUCGGGAGAUUUUUCUCAACUAUCUCAGAGCAAGAUCAGAAGGCAGGUUAGCAUCUCGAAUCCAUGGCCUCUCAUCGCUCCUGCCAAGCAAUUUCGUAAAACUGCGAGCACUGUCAACCGGCUGCUGGAGGAUUUGGAGACUGCUAUUGCUGAUAUGAAAGAAUUUGUGAUUUUCCUGGGGGGAUGUGAGCGGAUGUGCCGAAGACCCAACGACACCUAUCUUUAUGUCGACAAUUUCAUGUUUGGCCGUGUCGUCGAGAAGCAAAAGAUCAUAAACAUCUUGCUUCAAGACAACCCAGCAGCAGAUGGUGCUCCGCUUGCUGUGCUUCCGGUCAUCGGUGGUUGUCGAGUCGGUAAGAAAACACUGGUUUGGUGUGCUUGCAAUGACGACAAGAUCCGCUCAUACUACCCUUCGAUCUUGUAUCUCAAAGGAGACAAGAUUCGGAGUGUGGAUAAAGGAAUAUUUAGCUGUGCAAGGACUUUGGUAGUCAUUGAGUUUGUCUCAGAUGUAUCUGACGAGGAUUGGGAGGAUUUCUACUCAUUGAUGGCCAAAUGGAUGGGCAAUGGAAGCAAGAUCAUACUCAUAAGCAGAUUUGAGAGGAUCUCGAGGUUUGCCACAGCAACACCGAUCUACCUCGGCAGCUUGUCCCCAGAUGAGUACAAUUACCUGUUCAAGGUGCUUGCAUUCGGAAGCGCAGAUCCAACGGAUCAUCCUCGAUUGGCGACAAUUGGGUACAAGCUGGGGACUCUGUUGGGAGGGCUUCUGCUGUCUGCAAACAUACUUGGAUACAUGCUAAGAAAGGAUUUGGAUGUUCAGUUCUGGCUCCAUAUACUGAGAAGGUACACCGAGGCGGUAGACAACAAUCUCACCGAGUUCGGCGCACAUCCGAGAGCUCUCCAUGAGGAAGAACGUCCGGCAGACAUCACCAAGUUCUCAUCGUCGCAGUCAGCGUCUUCUUAUUCACUGCGCAUGAUGCCUCCGCGCAGUGGAACCGGUGAUAUUUGCACUAGGGAACUGUCCAAUGUGACAUUUGGGGACCUGGUGGCAGGUUCUUACACUGUUCUGCCUCAGGGGGAGUAUCAGAUUAUGGUGUGGGAAUCACGGAUACCUCCCUUCACCAAGUUUGUUGCAACAUGUGUUGAGGAGAAGGUUCAUUGUGUAGGUUUAACUGGAAAAAAGCGUCCUCGAGAAAUAGAUCUAUAGAAACUUUAAUUUGCAUGUACAUUUGUUCUGCAAGAUUAGGUGUUGCUCGGUUGUGCCUUCUUUUGUAUUGACAACCAGGUGAAGAACUCGUGUUUGCUCUUAA